GUGUGUCUGGGUUGCAGAACAAUCAGAUGCUGUUGCUGUUACAUAAGAAGUAGACAGAGUGGCUCUGGGCACAGCGCUGCUCCAGCUGCCCUAUCCUAUCGCUUUAAAUGAGGCAGAGCUGCACGCUCUGCGUGUAUGCCUGUGUGUGUGUGUGUGUGUGUGUGUGUGGAGGAGAAAUUACGAGACAGAGAGGGCCACUCUGUUGUGGAGCAGGACUGGACGAUCGAAAACACAACAGAGCUUUAUUUUGCAUAAAUCUGAACGGCUUUGCAGCGGACACUGCGUAUCGGUUCUCCGCCACGUUUGACUGGUUCUGGUUUUGGCCUGAUAUUUGACCUUGUAUCUAUGGGCUUGGCAGGCGCAUCUGUCGCCUCUUGAUAGGACAUAACGGGUAGGGCUGCCUCCUAAUAAUUAUUUAUUUAUCCUUCUCUGCGCCGCAACGUUGGGAGAAACGUGAUCGGGAGGCAGUGAACAGCUCGCUGAUCAUGGAUUAAUGCUCGAAUGAAUUUUCAUCUGAGAGAUUCCCAAUGCUGAACAUGUCCACCCCCAGUGAGCUGAAGUCUCCUUGUGUGACUCGGAACGGUAUGGUUAAGCUGCCUCCCACGCAGCCCAACGGCCUGGGCAGUGCGAGUAUCACCAAAGGGACACCUGCUGCCAAGAAUCGCUUGUGCCAGUCCUCCUCAGUACCCUCCAUCCUGCCCCCUCCACCGUCGUCCCUUCCCUACCACCACCAUCACCACCUGGAUGGCCCUGGCAUGCAAAACUCAGCAGGCUCUCUUUUAGGCUCUGACCUGGAGCCUGGAAUGCCUCUGGGGGGCUUGAAACCAUCCCUUCGUCAGCUUCCCCCUCUCACCCUGCCCAAACCCAUACUGCUGGAGCGCCAGCUUGUCCUGGAUGAGAAACUACUCAACAGAUUGCUCUGGUACUUCACUACUGCUGAAAAAUGUGUCUUGGCGCAGGUAUGCAAGACAUGGCGCAAGGUGCUAUACCAACCUAAGUUCUGGGAGGGUGUGACACCCAUCUUGCAUGCCAAGGAAUUGUAUACCCUGCUUCCUAAUGGGGAGAAGGAGUUUGUCAGUCUGCAAGCCUUUGCGCUACGGGGAUUCCAGUCUUUCUGCUUAGUGGGUGUGUCAGACCUGGACAUUUGUGAGUUCAUCGACAACUACCCACUGUCCAAGAAAGGUGUUCGUUCGGUCAGCCUCAAGAGGUCCACUAUUACAGAUGCCGGUUUGGAGGUCAUGUUGGAGCAAAUGCAAGGCCUGAUGCACCUUGAACUAUCAGGCUGCAAUGACUUCACAGAAGCCGGCCUGUGGUCCAGUCUGAAUGCCCGACUAACUUCUCUCAGCGUCAGUGAUUGCAUCAAUGUGGCGGAUGAUGCCAUUGCUGCCAUAUCACAGCUCCUACCCAACCUAUCCGAGUUGAGCCUGCAAGCAUACCACGUCACUGACACAGCCAUGGCCUAUUUCACAGCUAAACAGGGCUACACCACUCACACUCUGCGGCUUCACUCCUGCUGGGAGAUUACCAAUCACGGUGUAGUCAACAUGGUGCACAGCCUUCCCAACCUGACUGCCCUCAGCCUUUCUGGCUGCUCCAAGAUCACUGAUGACGGCGUUGAGCUGGUUGCUGAGAACCUGCGCAAGCUCCGCAGCCUGGACUUGUCCUGGUGCCCUCGGAUUACUGACAUGGCCCUUGAGUACAUAGCCUGUGACCUGCAUAAACUGGAAGAAUUGGUGCUGGACAGGUGCGUCCGGAUCACAGACACUGGCUUGGGCUACUUGUCCACCAUGUCGUCAUUAAGGAGCCUCUAUCUGCGGUGGUGCUGUCAGGUACAAGAUUUUGGACUGCAGCAUUUGUUUAGAAUGAGGAGUCUGCGUCUCUUGUCUCUUGCAGGCUGCCCCCUGCUGACCACUAACGGUCUGUCAGGCCUCAUCCAGCUGCAGGACCUAGAGGAACUGGAGCUGACCAACUGCCCUGGAGCCACCGCUGAGCUCUUCAAAUACUACUCUCAACACCUGCCCCACUGCAUGGUCAUCGAGUAAGACCACGGAAUCAUCCCACCGAUCUACCAACCAACCAGUUGCCAUACUUCUACCUUCCUCCACCUUACUCUUCUUCACUGUAUUCUCAAAUGCUAACCAGGAGACUGAAUUGCUCUUAUUGUACCACAGCAUUCUUCAUUACCUGUCCCCUAACUCACCCGUCACCCCACUGAGCAGACUGGCCUACAGGCAGACAGAGAGGCAGGAAGGCAGAUGAUGGUAGAUUCCCAACCCAGAAGAUGAUGGGAUGGGGUUUGAGCUUAAUGUAAGAAGAUUCUGGAGUGAAGAGCUUGGUGUGACGUCUCAUCUGACAGCAAGUUUCUUUAUCAGAAUGAAGAAAAGGAUUUUGUUUACAGAGGAUAGCUUUUCUAAAGACUGAUGGUUUUUCUUUUUUAGCUGAAUGGAUACUGAAGGGAUUGACCAACAGAUCCAAGUGCAGCGCUGAGGAAUUACGAAAAUGGAAAUGAAGACUUUUGUGUUUGAGCCGAUACGGUGGAACUCACACAUGUGCUCAUACACGCUCACACACAUACUGUAAACAUAUAUAAUAUAAGUUCUCAAGACCAUGAGUACUGACAUUUCUAUCUUCAUCACUCUGUGUACCAACCAUCUGCAGUUAUUCUUUUAUGCCAGCUGGAGACAUGGGAAUCAGAGAGUUCUAAAGAUAUAAUUCAGAAAGUGAACGACAGGGAUGAAUCUUCUCUCUUGCUCUUUUUCUUCACUCCUCCAUGUGUGAAGUGUGUGUCAUAGACUCACAGGUCCCCAUCUUUUUGGGAUACCACCACCUUUUUCCAUUUCUGUGUCUUAAAAAAACAGUUCACAGGGUUGGAGUUCAUUAGUUUUACAUUUUCCCCAUCUCUUUGUCAUUUUUGAUUAUUAAAUUUACAGGUGUGAAGGAUAAGAUGUUAUAAACUGAAUGUUGUGUUUUUAAAAGGGAAAUGAGUCAUUGAGGCAGUGCAACAUGGACAAAGCAAAUCUUAUCUGGAAAGUUGAGUGUGCAGAAAGCAUUUGACUUAAGUUUCUGCUGAGGAUAAAAAGUGUUUUUCUCAAAUAAGGAAGAAUCGUGAAUAGAAAGUGAGGGAAACUGACACUGGUGACUUGAUAUUUCUGGAUUUAACUCGUAAAUAAGAGGGAGCUUUGCAAACAAUGUUUUUGCUCGUGAGGUGCUUUUUUUUCUAUCUGGGGGAAUAUUUGGUUUUGGAAUUAAACUUUCCUCCUUCUUUUUUCCAUCUUUUAAAUGCCACUAGAAAAGGGAAAAUGGAUUUCAGUACUUAAUAUUAAACAGUUUUUGAAGUGUCCACUAAAGGUCAGGGUCAGAAAUGGCAGUUCAAAAAUAAGUUAGAUUGUGGAAAUUUGACAAAUAUUCCCACUAAUCCAGAGUCAGAAACCAUAUUAAUGGACUUUUAUACUUAUGUUUAAAAUCAUGUUUAACUUCUCAAAUGAUUGAUAUGACGUCAUGUAACAGCUCUUCUUAGUCCUCAGCCCUGCAAUCAAUCAACUGACUUUUUACAAUUUCUACUCACCUAUUAAUGAUAUCACUGGAAGCUGACAAGUAUGUCUGUAUACUUAAAAGCAUAAAUUGGCAUUUAAAGACAAACCAGAGUUUGGAAGUACAUAAAACAUGAGCCAAAACAUAAAAUAAGCUAAAGUGGCAGGCAACAUACACUAUAUAACCAAAAGUAUUCGCUCAUCUGCCUUUAGACGCAUAUGAACUUAAGUGACAUCCCAUUCUUAAUCCAUAGGGUUUAAUAUGAUGUUGGCCCACCCUUUGCAGCUAUAA